UGCGGGACAGGGAAACUGGGCUGCACAAAUAGAGAGAUAUAGAGUAUAUCGGAGUGUUAAACCGAUAGCUUCUAAAAAAGAAGGAAGGAAUUAAUACAGAUCUAAACAUGGUGAACUCAUUUGGUGGGAGCGUUCCUGCCAUGAUCUAUCUGGCCAACCUUUGUGUUGUACUUUGUGUCCAGAUGGUAUCAGUGGAAGGAGGUGCACUGAAGCAGGAGACUGUUUUGGAGAGCAGUGCUGCAACCCUGAAUCAUUCAAUGGCUCUGGUGCAGCGUAUGGAGGCUCUCCUGACACAUGGAAAUGCCAGCGAUGUGAUUUUACGUGUUCAGACUCUCAACACAGACGAGGUGAAAGUGAUCCAUGUCCACUCGCUGGUGUUGACACUACAGAGCGACAUGUUUGAUGAGCUACUACAGACACGUAACUCCAGUACAAUUGUCCUCAGAGAGCCUGCUAACUGUGCAGCUGUCUUUGAUAAGUUCAUUAGGUACUUAUACUGUGGUGACAUCACAGUACGUCUGAGCCAGGCCAUUCCUCUACACAAACUCGCCAGCAAGUACCACGUAUGGGACCUUCAGCAGGGCCUUACCCAAUAUAUGACCCAGCACCUGUCCAGCGAUUCCCCUGCAGGUCAUGUGGUUGGCUGGUACCAAUAUUCUGUGCAGAUCGGCGAUGUAACCCUGCAGAAUAAUUGCUUGCAGUACCUCUCCUGGAACCUUUCAUCGGUUCUACAGAGUGCAGAAUGGAGUUCCGUUGGUGAAGAACUUCUGCUCUCUUUACUGCAGCGUUCAGACCUUGUUCUGCAGAGUGAACUUGAGUUGUACGAAGCUCUGGAAGCUUGGAUAAACCAGAACCAGCCGUCUAAUGCAACAGCUGAGAACGCACUUAAAGCAAUACGUUACGCAAUGAUAUCUCCACAACAUCUGUUUCAUCUGCAGAAGAAGUCAGCACUGAUGCUGAAAUAUUACGAGUCGGUACGUGAUCUACUCUUCCUAGCCUUCCAGUUCCAUGCAGCCUCACCUGUGCAGCUUGCAAAGUACUUCGACGUUAACUGCAGCCUCUUUAUGCCACGUAACUACCUAUCACCAGCUUGGGGUUCACCUUGGGUGAUCAACAACCCUACACGAGAUGACCGCAGCUUCAGUUUUCAGACUCAGCUUGGACCUAGUGGCCACGAUGUGAGCAAACGUGUUAUGUGGAACGCCCUCUUCUCUCCACGUUGGCUUCCACUCAGUGUGCGAUCCGCAUUUCCCGAGCAUGGAUCCAUGCAGCCUACUCGUACCGAUGGAGGCCGCCCAAGAAUCAUUGUCACACCUGCGACCUCAAGUCCAGACUUUGCUGGUGUCAGCUUUCAAAAAACGGUUAUUGUAGCAGCACGGAAGCAGGGGAAAGUGGUUGUGCGUCAUGUCUACAACUUCCACCAGAACACAGAGGAAGUGGGCGACUUCCUGUUGGAUGCAGACCUGCAGCGUAGAGCAUCAGAAUACCUCAUUGACAGCUCGCUCUACCUCCAUAUUAUUGUCAAGCCUCUCUACCACAGUCUCAUAGUAGGGAAAAAAUAAAGGUCUAGUUUCACUACUGAUGAUUUCUGAUGCCCUACUUACGUUAAGACAAGUUGUACACCGAAACUCUCUUUAUAUAGACUUUUUGGAAAUCAAAAAUGUUUGGCUAAGCACUUAAUUUUAUUGUUGAUGUUCUAAUUGUUUCUUCAGUAACAUGUUUACCACGGUGCAUGAAAGUUACAAUUGCAUUUACUGAAGCCAUUAUAGACCAUUUUUAUAAUGCAAUAAAUAAUUUACAAUUGCCAUCUUGUAAAGGUAACAGUGAGCAUGCUUUGAUUACUUUUAGAAAAUGUAAUUGUUCUUUGCUGAUUAAAGAUGAAUACAUUAAUACAAUGUCUUAGUUUUCAUUUUAAUAUAUUCUGAGUUAAUUUACACAGUUAUGUUAUAUCCUAAUUAGUGUUAAGUUUAAAUAAAAUCGUAUUCCUGAACACACAAAUUACUGUCUAUUUAUAACCUAGCAUUGGUAUUAUU